AUGACAGAAACAAUUGACCUCGAACCUGGGACGAAACGCGACCACGUACAGCAUCUCGCGACACCAGAUGACUCCAGUCAGGAACAUGCAGCACCACAUCUGCGCCCCGAUUGUACGUCAGCAUGGCAGAGAAGAAUAGAAAAACGCACGCCGGCACUAGUCGUACACUGGGGUCGCAAGGCAUGUGAAUGGGCGAAAGGACCGAUACCACGACAUAAGAAGUACGCGAUACAUGCCUGGUUUGAGCGCUGGCAAACAUUACCCACUCGAUUGCUCGCGCGGCUGCCCAGAUGGAUGCGUGUUGGUAUAUACAGCAUCGCAUGCAUCAUAUGGAUCGUCGUCUUUGCCCUCGUCAUCAGCGACAAUGUACCCCCCUCAGACAUUGGCGGAUUCGGGGCGCCUGUGAAGCUAUCAUGUGUCAACAGUCUAUGGUCAUCUCCUCAAACAUGCGGUGUCGACGGCCGAGCCUGUCUCCCUUUCUCCAAUGCCUCAUUUGCCUUCAACUGCCCUGCCGGCUGCUCGAGCGCUCAGGUCCUGAACCCCCACACAAUCGGCGCUAAGACCAUAAACUACCGGCCAUUAGUCGUGGGAGGAACAUCAUCUGGUUCGGGCGAAAACGAUGCGCAUGUAUAUCGCGGCGACUCAUUCAUCUGUGGCGCCGCUAUCCAUGCUGGUGUCGUGGGGAACGGCCACGGUGGGUGUGGUAUCUUGUCUUUGGAAGGAGAACACGACAACUUUGGCGGGGUGACGAGGAACGGAAUCAGCAGCAUCAGCUUCGAUUCAGACUUCCCAAUGGCCUUCUCCUUCAAGCAGACAUCAGUUAUUACGGGACAAUGUCGUGACCCUCGCUGGAACCUGCUUGCUCUUUCUACCAUGUUUACAGCUCUCUUUGGCCUGUUCACUAGCAGUCCUGCUAGCUUCUUUGCCCCAAUCUUCACCAUCUUGUUCUUCCAAACCGGCAUGGCCUCAGAUCCACCCCCGUACCUGAAUUACGCUUCAUUGGCAUCAACAACACUCGGUCGUUUCCUACCCGCCGCUUUGGUAGGCGCUCUAUUCUAUCGGUUUAGUGUCCGCGAGACUCUGUGUGACUGCAAGGCCCAUGUCGAAAAGACGAUUCUGUGGGUUGGCGGUGCGUGGGUGGGUGCGCUUGGAAGCUAUACCUUUGAAAAGAUACCCAUUCAGCGACUGACGGGUCACGAUAUACAACAGCAGCCUGGGGCCAUAACCGCACUGAUUGCCAUCGUACUGAUUUUGUUUGCCAUCGUUCUGUACCAGGCCUGGUGUUUUCGUAACCAAGGACGGUUGCUGCGCUACCUUGGACUAUAUGCCGCUCUAGGUGCAGCGCUCGGUGUCCUUGCUGCCAUGCCAAAGCUGAACCUAAGAAUACAUCACUAUCUAAUCGCGCUACUGCUUCUCCCAGGGACGGCUUUGCAAACGCGCGUCAGCUUGUUGUGUCAAGGUCUACUAGUGGGCUUGUUCAUCAACGGCAUCGCACGCUGGGACUUUGAUUCCAUAUUGCAAACCUCGGAGGCGCUGAGAGGCGACGGGCAGCUUGGAUCGAACAUCCCAUCUAUUCUCGAACCAGUGGUUAAUGGUUCCAGCAUCACAUUUGCAUGGGAUACGUUCCUCGGCGGCUAUGAAGGUAUAAGUGUAAUAGUUAAUGAUGUUGAGAGAUACAGAGGCUUUGGUGGUAGCCGUCGGGGUAGCUUUACUUGGCACCGGAUGGGCGAUACUAAGAACGAGUAUUUCCGAUUCGGCUUUAUUGGUUACCAGCCGUUUGGCGGCGUAUCAUAUAGCGACUUCACUAGAGCGGGAACGUGGUUCUCGAACGGAACUUGGAGCGGGAUGCCACUAGGCCGUACGUAG